ACGCACGCCUAUGCUUUUCUAUCUAUCCCUCUCUCUCUCUCUCUCUCUCUCUCCACACACACUUACUUCCCAUGUGCACUCCCUCACCUCCCUAAUUAACAAUGGACAGUAACAACCACCAUCCCCAAAACCCUAACCCUAACCUUACUUGCACUUAUCAAAACACUGAAUUCUUCGAUACGUUGCCGGAUUUUGAACUCUCCGAUUAUCUCAUGCUUGAAGAUGGCACUGAAGGAGAUUUGUCGUCUCAAAAUGUGACUUCCUCUGAUAAUGUCACCGGUGGCUCUGUUGAAUCGGCCGGUGCAACUUCAACAAAUAGUAACAUAAAAUGUAGAACUGGGGUGAAGAGAAACAAGCCGGAUCAAGCGGAUUUUAGGGUUGCAUUUAGAACAAAAUCAGAGUUGGAGAUCAUGGAUGAUGGAUUCAAGUGGAGAAAGUAUGGGAAGAAGAUGGUUAAGAACACCCCAUAUCCAAGGAACUACUAUAAAUGUUCAAGUGGAGGGUGCAAUGUGAAGAAGAGAGUGGAAAGAGACAGAGAAGACUCAAGCUAUGUGAUAACUACAUAUGACGGAGUUCACAACCAUGAAAGCCCUUGUGUGGUUUAUUACAACCACACCCCCCUCAUGGUACCUCAUGGCUGGACUUUGCAACCUUCUUCUUCUCAAUCCUCUCCAUCAUGAAUUCCCCGUGCUUUACUUUUUUUUAUCAAGCAAGUUAUAAAAUACAUUAGCUAUGUAGUGCAAAAAAAACAUUUCGAAAUGUAUCUGAAAACGAAAUGUGUGGUGUAAAUUUAUAUGAUGUGAAUUGCACCCAAAAUAAACUUUAUUACACACCUUUUGUUUUUGGACCCUUCUUUUUUUUUUGAACACUUAUUUUUGAACCUUUUGAAAUACUAAAUACUAUUCUAAGCGCAUA